AUGGGGCUUUAUCCCAGGAGGGACCUGCCUCUGCUCACUCCCUGCCCUGCUGCCAGCACCAGCUGCAGGCAGAGUCCUUCGGGCAGCAAUGUGCCAGCAGCCUCUGAGCUGGGCACAAAGCGCUGGGGAGGCAGGAGACUCGCCCUUGGGGCAGGCUGGGGUUCCCCCGCAGCACAUGGAGGUCUCCCACAAGACAUGCAGCUGAUCUGUUCUCAGGCACACAGGGCUUCUGUGAGGGAAGCACAGUAAGAUGAAAGACACGGGAAAGGAAGAAGACAGCCCUGGCAGUUCCCCUGUGGUGCUGCUCUGGGAACGCUCCAUCAUGUUUCACAGCCCUGCCUCGGUGGUGGGCUCAACCCCAGCACGUGGACCAUAACUCUCCUGGUGGCACCACUGCAAAAGGAAAUUCCAUCAGGAUCCAAAGAAUGAGACUGAGACAUCACUGCUGGAGAAAUGCAGCUGCCUUCACCACUGCUGCUGCGUUGACCCUCCAUUUGCUGUAAGGGUGCAAAUUCAUCUGUGCCCCCUCUGUGCCCUCUUCACCCAGCUGCCCACCAUGCCAGAGCUGGCAGAGCUGAGCAGCCCCCGCACCCCUGCAGACGCAGACCACAUCCAGAGGAAUAUCUUGGAAGAGCAUGUGGAGCUCUGGUGGUUCCAGGACCCCAAAAAGUCCAUCCUGUGCUAUGGGAUGGCCGUGGUGCUGAUCCUGGCCUGCGGGAUUGGGGGCAUCAUCCUGCUGUACAGCACUAGCAGCCGCUCUGGAGAGUGGCGGCUCGCCGUGGGCACCACACUCUGCCUCCUGGCCCUGCUCGUGCUGCUGAAGCAGCUGCUGAGCUCUGCAAUCCAGGACAUGAACUGCAUCCGCAGCCGGGAUCAGAUCGAGCUGCUGAAGAGCGGAGGCUUCUCGGACUGCCUGGUGCUGCUGCUGAGCGCCCUGGUGCUGCUGGUCUGUGGGGUGGUGCUCACCAUCCUCUCCACCACCACCAUGCAGCUCAGCCCCGCACGGCCGCUGGCCAGCAUGUUCACCAGCGGGGUCAUCCUCCUGACUGCUGGCAGUGCCAUCCUCCUCUGCCUGCUGCUAUACCUGCUGUGCACCUCCUGCCGCCGGGCAGCUCCUCGGAGCCUGGAGACCGGCGAGAUCCGCAUCUUCACCAUCUCCGGCCGCCUCGCUGGAAACAGGCGGCUUCCCCCCACCUCCAGCAUGGCCAACCUGAUCUGACCCAGGACACCUCUGUGUGAGCCUUAGUGGAUACAGCCGUCAGUGAUGGCCUUUCCCCAGGGAAGGGCGAGAGCUGCAGUGUGCCCAGUGUUCCUGUUGGAGAUGACUGGCAUUUGCUUUGCCUCAGGCUGGUGGCACAGCACAGACUCGGAGCACCUGGACGGGCUCUGACCUGGCUGGCAUUUUAUCUCCACAAAGCCUCCUGUGUCAGCUGCUGCCUGCCUGGCUGUGACCCAUGUUACAGAGCAAAGGUGAGCCUGUCCUGUACCCCUGGGAACCCCAGUACUUGUCUGGUUCCUGCAGUUCCUGGGACUGUGCCAUACACUCUCCUGGCAGGAGAGGCUGUAAUUGCAGGUGGUAUAAAACCAACCUGUGCUCUGUGCAGAGCCUCCAGCUGCUGAGUGAAGUAGAGCCUCUAGCAGCUGGUGAAUGGCAGGAAAUACUUUCUGUGUCAGCAAGCACAAGGGAGCCUGGUGGGAGGCAUGGCUGCAGGGGCCGCUCCCAAGAAAUCACUGGUGUCUGUGGGAGUGAGUGUGGGAUUUGCACAGGAUUGUGUGUGCUAGAGCCACAGCAUGGCUGGACCUCACAUGAAAUGCUGUUUGUGUUUGCAAUGCCAGCAUCUGUUCCAGUGCUACAUUUCUGCAGCCCACCAUCACCUGUGGUUUAUCAAAGGGGUGAUGAAGCAGUGUUGGUGCCAAGGCUCUGAUGGGUUAUCUGUGCUGGACUGAGUGUUGGGGCUCUCUUAUCAUGCCAGGAUGCUCCAGCUACGUGAGCCACAAACAGCAAGGUGCAGUCACCAGGGGACGGUGAUGGGACGCCCAAAUCCUGACGCUGGGGCUGCCUUCUGCAAAAGCUGUGUGAGGGGAGAGUGCUGUGCCCUCCUACAGGAGUUUCCCAGGCAGAGGCACCUCUGCUGCCAGGAGCCCUGCAGCUCAUCCCAGUCCCUGUUUGUGUUCAUGCUGUUUCUGUCUCCCAAGUGCUGCAGCUGCUGCAGGGUAGAAAAGGUCCUCUACUGUCACUUGGGCCUUACCUGGAGCUUUUUUGCUGUUUCAUCUCUACAAGGUGUCUUGUUUUAUCACCAGGGUGUCUCUACCGGAGGCAGACUAACAGUUCACCCCAGGAACUUUUCCUGUGACUUAAGUCUAAUUUACCUGACAAAAAUCUCAUUUCCCUCAUAGACUCACUAACCAUUUCACUGCCCUUUCCAUAGACAUAGAUCCCAACCUCCUACUGAAGAUGCUCCUGCAUGACCUCUUCCUCUUAGCAAGCUGGUCAGAGCAUGGUGCUAAUAACACCAACAUCACGGGUUUGAAGCCCAUGUGGGCCAUUCUCUUAAGAGUUGGACUCUGUCAUCCUCCUGGGCCCCUUCCAGCUCAGACUAUUCUGUCAUUUUUCAUCUUGUCUGCUCCCAUCUUUCCUUCACCUGAAUUGCUCUGCCCCAGAUGUUGGUUUUGCUCAUUAUUUGCCAAGUGUCCUCUGCAAUGGAACAAGACUGAGCUAUUGUUUUUUGAUGCCUGGUAACAAAUUCAUUUGGAAGAGGAUGGUAGCUGAUUCCCUUGCCAAGAGCACAAAUCACUGUCCAUGUUACACCUGGAGGCAGUGUCAGAGCUCACCAUCAGCUGGUCAGUGAGGCCUUCACCCCUUCACAGCUCCAGCUUCACAUUCCCAAUGCAGUGAGAUCUCAUGAAACCACAUCUGUAUCCACCUGUUCUUGCCCUGCUCCUGCUGACUUUCCUUUGCCUGAAGCCUUGGAAUGUUUUUCCCAGUGUACAGGUGCAUCAUUUGAGCUUUUCUCUCUGUAUCUCUAUUUCUACAUUUUCUUCUGCCAUUUUCACAUCAUCUGUAGAUUUUAUUAAACUGCUGUUUCCUCUUCUCUCUGCAUCUCCUCCCUUAAUCUGCCCAGGAAGGCAGGCCAGAGCUGAACGGUCUUGCACCACCAUCACCACUGUGCUGCUCUGCAGAUUGGUGUCAGUGCAUGUGCAGUUAUGCCAGGCUGCACCCCCUCUGCCAGCACCAGUGGUCCAGCAGUGACUGCCAGCUCCACCAGCCCGCACGUGCUGACAGGCCACAGCUGCCUGCACACCAGCUGUUUUGCACAUCUGGGCAUUUCUGUGAAGAAGCAUGACUGUGCCCAGCUCGCAGCUCCACGCUGCCUGCAUGUCAAUGUGAAUCCUGUCCCCUCCACAGCCCCUUCAAAACGUGCCCCAAGUGCCUGUGAAUUGUGCCAGAAAAGGGUGAUUGACUGUGGGCCGGGACAGCAAACCAAGGAGACAACAGCUGUGCCUGAAGAUGGUGGCUGGGUCCAGCUGCCCAGAGGGACAGCCUGUGCUGCUCAAUCCCUGACUCCCCUCUACAGCGCAGGUGCUGGUUUGUUUCUUGGUUCUUGUGUUGUAUGUGGACAUACAUAAUAAAGUGUUAGAGAAGUUAA